AACAUACACAUUUAUGCUUAUGAAUUACCGAAUGAAGGCAGAGUAUCAUGUGACAAUUACAUCAUCUCUAAGUUCAUUUGAUUUCGCCAUUAGAAAAGUGACUCAAAUACUAAAAUAUGAUGACAUUCUAAUAAUCGCAGUCAAAUGAUUUGCCUUUAAACAACCCUAAAUCUUCUCAAUCUUUGAUGGCUUUUACUCAAAAGCAACCAGUAAGUUAAUUUUUUAAUUCAAAUUUGAAUACGUCUAGAUAUGUCCUCGUCAUCACCAGUAGUUCAUUCCAGUGUACUUCCUGAAAUCAUUCAGAAAAAAGUAUCUUCCAUUUACAAUCACACUGGAUAUCAAUGUUUCAACUUAUGCAUUUUUUGAAUUUAUAAACAAACAAACUGAUUCAUUUUUGAGAGUAAAUCUCAUCAACAAAAUUGCAUUACAACUUAUUACAUAACCAGUCCCAGAAAAGGCAGCUGCUGGCACUGCCAUACGCUUCACUAGUAAUUGUACAUGAUGUGAAUUCUUAGAGAAGCACAUACACUUCUCUUUAUAGUUCAUAAUUGUUCGACUCAUUUAAUUCUGGAGGAGUUGUGAGCGACCUGAUUCACCAUAUAAAAUGAUAAUUUUAUGUAAAUAUUUCCCUGACCAUCUCUUCCCACUUUUCUGUUGUUUUCAUGCAGAUCGACGGGGUAGGCUAAAGUUUUGACUUUAAUUAAACGUUUUGUAUCCAUGUUUUUUGAUCACCAUAGAUUAAUAAAAAUGUAAAGAGAUCGGACAACACAAAUACUUCAAUUUGCAUAAUUUCACAUAUAAACAAAAUAACCGAUCAAUUUCCUAUCCCAGAGUAAAUAGCAUCAAUCGAAUGAUACCACUUUGUACUGUGUAACUAGUCUACGUCAUGCUGUCGUAUAAUUCAAUAGCCAUCGAACACAACUUUUAUUUGCAUGGAAACACCUACAUUUCUCUUUGAACUUUUUACGUUUUCGACUAUUUGGCAUCUGGAACAGUUGUAAAGGAUAUGCGAUGUUAAAACAUAGUGAGCACUUUCUGCAAGUAUAUGUUUUAAUUAUCUACAUUUAAAUGCCUCAUUUCUUUCAACUCUCUUGUGGUUUUCUUCUAGGCAAUACUAGUAAGCAGUAGUACUUUCUACGGUUAACUAACCGUGUUUGUUGUGUGGACAUCAGUUAAGUCUUUGUUUCAUUUUUAAGUUGAAUGAAAGAAAGCAUUUCUACCCUAGUAAAAUUAUAUAAAACAAGUACUUUUAUUUUAUAUUACCUGUGUUCUAUUUCUUGAUUCCUAUGCGAGUAAUUUAUCAUCAAACCAAAAAAUAAAGUUUAAAACUGGCAGUACUCCUUAGGGAAUACUCAUACGUUUCUUCCGAUUUAUUUUAAUUUUGAAUCUCCUGUGUCUGCAGGAGUUGCAAAUGACGCACAAUAAGGAAAAGCAAUGAUGACAAUUGGUAAAUAUUGGUCAGACCAUAUAGAACCCACUCUAACUUUAUUUUUUCCACUCUUGCAUGGUUCACCUACAGUUACUAAAGAUAAAAAGAGUGAGAUUGUCAAAAAAGAAGCCAAAAUGGUUAUUGAUGGCUUAUGGUUCUGUGAUUCUGCAAGAACUGUGCAAGCCUUCUUGGACUUUUCUGGUGAUGGAUUGAAAAGCGAACUUGAUGAAAAAGCAAAGAAAGGAUUUUACGCAUCUGUAGACAGUUUGGGAGGUUAUCAGGCUGGAAAAAUGUCAAUGAUUUGUGGAGAAGAAUUCAUAAAAACUCUUGGAACGAUGCAACCCAUUCGGUGCAUAAAGAAUGCCAUUGUUACAAGAAGGCAAAUGCUGGCAUAUUAA